UGUCUGUCUGUGUGUCUGUGGGGGUGGGGGAGACAGAGAGAAAACAAUUCUUGUUCUCAAUAACCUUACCUGACGAUCAACUUCAAAGGUCUCUGACGGGGUUGGGUUGGGGGGAGAGAGAGGGAGAAGCAGGAACACCCCCACUGCCCCCACUCACCCUUUUUGGGGGACUUGUAUUUGUGUGGAUUCGCAUUGGCACCGAUGGGCAGCACCACCGUGGAUUGCGCUAAAAAGAAAGCAGGAAUGAAGAGGAGCAAAAGACACGUCCUGCACCUCAAUAUCCCGGACCUCAGUUCCUUUGCGAUGCCUUUCCUGGAUGGAGAUGUGGAAAGCUCUGAGAAAGAUGGAUCUCGAAAGGGGGAAGACGCCUCUCAUUCCGCAAGUCCUUCCAAAGGAUUUUUUUCCCGGAAUUUCCACAACCGGCCAUCCAGCCCGGUGUCCGCUCCGGCGAGGUCCAAGCAUAGCCCCAGCUCUCCCAGGUCGGUGUUUCCGUUUCCUCAGGAUUCUCCACCCAGGCCUUCCCGCCGGAUGAGCUUCACUGGGAUGUUCCGUUCUUCGUCUAAAGACUCACCGUCCCGGGAUUCAUCCGCCAGCUCCAGCUCCACCUCGCCCGUCUCCAUCCGCUUCUUUUCCCGGACCAGGAAAGCCAGCGGACAUUCGACUCCCCCGACACCGGUGCAAGCGACCAAGCCGAGCUUCCCGCUGGAGUCGUACAAACAGGAGCCAGAGAGGCUGGACGCUCGAUCCCGCUCCUACUCGUCCCCUCCAGACACAGGCCAGAGAUUUACUGUCCCUGGGGCACAGGGCUUCAUUACAACCAAACCACCUGCCCCCCAGCCUUUCAGCAAUGCUACCUCAAAGUCACAGUGGAAGAGUCUGACAGCGAUAUUUAUAUGAGGUUCAUGAAAUCCCACAAGUGCUAUGACAUUGUCCCCACCAGCUCCAAGCUCGUUGUAUUUGACACUUCAUUGCAAGUGAAGAAAGCCUUCUUUGCUUUGGUGGCGAAUGGUGUGCGGGCAGCCCCACUUUGGGAGAGUAAAAAGCAAAGUUUUGUAGGAAUGUUAACGAUAACAGACUUCAUAAACAUACUCCACAGAUACUACAAGUCACCCAUGGUACAAAUCUAUGAACUGGAGGAGCACAAGAUUGAAUCAUGGAGAGAGCUUUAUUUGCAAGAAACAUUUAAGCCUUUAGUGAACAUAUCACCAGAUGCAAGCCUCUUUGAUGCAGUGUAUUCACUCAUCAAGAACAAAAUUCACCGGUUGCCAGUCAUCGACCCUAUCAGUGGAAACGCACUUUAUAUCCUCACUCACAAGAGAAUCUUAAAGUUCCUGCAGCUUUUUAUCUCUGAGAUGCCAAAGCCUGCCUUUAUGAAGAAAACACUGGAGGAACUGGGGAUAGGAACGUACCUUAAUAUUGCCUUUAUCCAUCCAAACACUCCUAUUAUAAAAGCCCUGAGUAUAUUUGUGGAAAGGAGGGUUUCUGCCUUGCCCGUUGUGGAUGUAUCAGGGAAAGUUGUAGAUAUUUAUUCGAAAUUUGAUGUUAUAAAUCUUGCUGCUGAGAAGACGUACAAUAAUCUGGAUAUCACUGUAACGCAAGCACUGCGGCACCGCUCUCAGUAUUUUGAAGGGGUUGUGCAGUGUCACAGGCUGGAAUCACUGGAAACGACAGUGGACAGGAUAGUCAAAGCUGAGGUCCAUCGACUCGUAGUGGUUGAUGAGAAAGAAAGCAUUGUGGGCAUCGUCUCAUUGUCUGACAUUCUUCAGGCUCUUGUUCUCACACCAGCAGGUUCUAUAAGAAAGGACAGCAUUGCAGAAUGACAGACUACAAUGGCCAUUGAAGGUGCCUGAAAAGAACUGCUUCAAGUUUCUUUUCUAUUUGGGGCCAGAUGAGUGCUGACGACAACAGAGAAGGCACAAGAUCAUGCUGCCGAGAAAGAGAAAAAGUUGUAACCAAACACUGUAGCUGGAUCUAGAAUGUAUUUAAGUGACAACAUCUGAAUUCAAAUCGUUGUGGUGUGUUCAUAUUCACUAAACACCUGCAUUGGAAACGAUUGUAAUGAUACAAUUGUAAGAGAUUUUGCAAGACUUUAUUUUGCAAAAAUGAUUAGUAACAAGAAGUAAAGAUAUUUUAACUAUGCUUUAAAGCCAGAAUUGAUUGAAAUGGCUGUUUAUUUGGACAGUUUGUAAGAAAAUGUCAUGACUCGGGUGGGUACCUACCAGCUAGCCCCACUUUAUGAAUAUUUGGGACAUAGUCAUGAAAAAUCAAACUGCAAAUUGAGUUUGGACCUGCUAUUGACAGUUACAUGUCCAUAUAUACAUCAUAAACCUCCAGUUUAACAGGAGCAUGCAAUGAGAAUACUGUUGCUGUAUGUAGUGUAAAUAGGAAGUUAUUGCGAGAAAAAGUGCCAGAGAAAGGUAUAUUUUUCUGUGUAUGAAAAUGUAAAAUUAUGUUUGUACGAUUGCAGAUUUAAUUUUUGUAAAUUAUAUUGUGGCAUAUAUUGUUUUCAUAUGGUUGGAAAGAUGGGUGGGGAUGUUUUGUCUAUAGAUGCACAAAGGCAUGAAAUGACACUAUAAUAGAGAUUUUUGUGUGGGUGUGGCGGGGGGGGAAAUCGAUAAAGAAAUGAUAUUUGUUGCCAUUGUGCAAAUUUGUUGGGAACGAAAAGAAAUACUUGGAGCAAAACCUUGUCAAAGUAAUAAUGCACUUUAAACAGAGGCUCAUUGAUGGUGUAGUGAAUUGACAGGAACUGAAAAUGAAACUUGCUUGGUAGCACAUUUAAGUAUCUCGUAAGUAAACUAUACACAGAUUGGAGUUUUGGUGUGCAAUUGAGUUAAGCAAACAAAACAAUAAUUAACGUUUCAGUGAGACAAACUUCCUGAGAACUUUUUAAUCAAUUAGAUUCCAUAGCUGUUGAAAGUAAUAUUUGAAGAUUUGAAUCUUGUAUUUUCUUUCUUCUCCUCUCCCACCCAAAACAUUUUGUAAAAAAAAAAUAACUUUUAGAUCACUGGUGAUGAUUCAGUAAUGUCAAUGAAUUCUGUACUUCCAUACUCAUAAGGAUUGUGUAAUAUAAAAUAGCAGUGUGUAGGACAAGAAUGGGCAUCAUUUAAAUCCUUGAAACCUGAGGUGCAUAAAUGUGUCCUACAUAACCAACUUUCAUCUACAUACGUUUGGCAAGGCCCUCUGGAAGUUUGCUCAUCCCAGAACUAAUUGAAGUUUCUCUAGCCCAUUUUAUCAGGGCUGAUCAAGUUUGCAUCACUGUGUUGCAAUUUUAAGUGCCAUUAAACUGUUUUAAUCUAAAAGUGAUGUGAACUGGAUUCUAAAUGUAGCAUAUUAAAACACAUAUUGUAUCCUUUAAA